GCCGUCACUUCAGUUAACAUUGAGACACAGAAGGGGAAAGUUACGUCGCCCCGGCCGCAGCGCACUCACAAACGUGCUUCGCUCCCGACCACUUUUUCGAACGCAAAGAAAGAAAAGGAAACGAAAGUUGAUAAGAAAACUAAACACGAAGACUAAGCAAGACAGAAACGAUGUGCCCGUAACUUGCUUUUCAUUUAUUUUCGUUUUUAUGAGAAUUUAGAGAAGAAAGAAAAAUUAAGACGAAAUAACUAUUGGCCUUUAACGAAGUCUUGUGAAAACUUUGUGCAGCGAGUUAAUAGAUUAAAAAAAGAUAUUUUAAAAAGUUUCUUGUUUGUCGGUGAAGUGAAUCUAAACUUUGAACGCCAAGAAGAAGAGGAAGACAGAAAGAUCACUGCCGCCACCACAACCACCACUACCACCACCACCAACAACAACAGACACCAUGAAGCCAAGAGCGGGCCUGCUGUUCUCCCUCCUCCUGCUGGCUCUGCUGACGGGCACGGGGAGCGACCAGAGCAGGGACACGGGAGGCAUACAGCAGGGACUCAACGGCUUAGAGGAGGAGGAGGCGGAGCAGAAGGAGGAGCAGGAGAGCUUCGUGGACGGCGGCGUGGCGGUGUACAACGGGGAUGGAGUGGACGUGAAUAUUAGCUCGUCCAAUAUUACUGUCCCUCUGUGCUGUGGCGUGGGUAUGACUUUCAACAUGACGAUGAUGAAGUGUGAGCCCGCCGCCUAUACCGCCCCUGUCACCUUCCAUUACGAGGAUGGUCGGCCCGUGGAGUACCCGUUCAUGUAUCAGAUCCAGGUGGGCUUCCUCAAGUGUCCCGCCUACAGCCUGUCUCCUGAGUCCAACCCCGACGAUGCCUUCCUCCUGCUGCCCGAAGGUAUUCUCAAGCUGGAGAAGGGCGGAGCGCAGAUCGGGGAGGGAGAGUUCUGUCUGCUGGCCACCGAGGGAGAGUUACACGCCCUCGUUUGCUUCAGGCACGAGGACCAGAGAGAGUUCAACAGCGUGGUGUACCAGACUCUGUACCCCGUGGGCCUGAUAAUCUCGGCUAUCUUCCUGGGCGCCACCUUCAUCGUGUACUGCCUCGUGAUGGAGCUGAGGGACCUGCUUGGGCGCUGCCUUAUGUGUGGUGUGCUGUGCCUGUGUAUAGCGCAGAUCUGGAUCGUUAUAAUUCAGAUGGGGUCCUCACAGCUGCCCACCAACUUGUGUAUUGCUUUUGGUAUACUGAUGCACUUCUUCUACCUGGCCGCCUUCCUCUGGCUCAACGUCAUCUGCUUCAACGUGUUCCUGACCGUGUGCCGCAAGAACCUGCUCCAGACAGGCGUGAGUCCCAGCCGCUGGUUCCUCGUGUACUCGUGCUACGCGUGGGGCCUCUCGCUGCUCAUCUGUUCCCUCGCUGUGGCCCGGGACUUCGCCGAGAACCUCCAGAACUCCUUCCUCCCUAAGCCGAAUUUCGAGGCCAGGUGUUGGUUUUCAGGCGACGACGCGCUGAUCAUCUUCUUCUACGGCCCCACGUCGGUGAUCCUCGGCGUGAACGUGAUCCUCUUCUGCGUCUCCGCCUACAAGUUGUUUUCCCUCAGCAAGAGUUCGGAGGCGCGGACCUUCCAGUUCACUAUGUACCUGAAACUGUUCGUGCUAAUGGGCGUGACCUGGAUCUUCGAAGUCAUCUCGUUCUUCGUGCAGCGUGAGACCUACGGCUCCUCCACCAACUACAUCUGGAUCGUGUUCGACCUGAUCAACAUCAUGCAGGGGCCCAUCAUCUUCUUCGUGUUCGUGUGUCGCCGCGCCGUGCUGGUCCGCGUGUGCGAGGUGCUGUGCGGCGUCAGGGUGGCCAAAGAGACCUUCCCGGGACAUUACCUCAACGCCGAGACCGACACCGUCAACAACGAGACCACCAUCAAGCACUCCGUCAUCUGAGGCUUGAGGGGCACCGAGGUGGAGUCUUCUUACUCUGUUCUACUACUGAAGCCUUCUUACCAUGACACUGGUCUCCUCUGAGAUCUUCAACGGGAGAAAUAUGCUCUCGGUAACACCCAGAAGACAUAAAUAAGCUUCGUUCAGCAAUCAUGAAGUUGGAUACAAGCUUGCACCGCCAUCCCCAGUGUGACAGGAGACGCAAGCUUCGGAGCAUGACCAGAGGGCGACAAAAAAGCUUUCUUAACUCUGACAGGGACAAGACCUGGCACUCUCGCCCUUGAAAUAACAUUGAUGCCGGUGAACGUGGAGCUCCUACGACACCAAAACUAUAGCAUACAGCCUCCUUGUACGAGCCUCCCAGACAGUCGUGUGUGGUUAUCCUACGGCAGAUACGGACCCGAUGAGGCCUGGCAGGAGGCGAUUAGGUGUUCUGAUAAGACAAAUAUGUCGCCCAGCCUCUCCCUGUCUCGGGGUCACCUGUAGGGGCGUGGCGGCGGCCCCCUGGUGCUCAAUACUGGCAUUACAUGAGCCAAAGAGGUGUUCAUGCUAAGUGUGGCCAGUCGGUGAGUUUGGCACCAUCUGGACAUCUUAGGGUAAAGGUUGGUUUAUUGGCGUGCCCAUUAUCUCUUUUCCUGCCUCAUGAAGUACUCCCCUGUAGCCAUAUAUGGCAUUCACUAAUACUCAACCCCCUAAAAAACUAAGAACCCUAAGAAAACCGUAGAGACGAGCCGAGAUGAGAGCAAGUAUAAGAACUGUGAUGAAAUGUGCAAACCAGAGCGGCUGAGGGCGGCGCAGAGCCCAAAGCCUUCCGCGGCACCAUUAAUGUCCAAAAGGAAAGUGUUCACGACAGUGCUGGGCUCUUCCCUACUCGUGACCCUCUGAAGGUCGCUAAAGGACAGAUGAAUAGCCUAUAUUUAUAACCUUCCAACUGAGGUCUCCGCCCCCUUCGAGUCCCAGGGUGUGCACGUUGCAUCGCUAUUUCCACUCUUGCUUAUCUCUACGCUCUCUCCGAUGGUUUUCACAGAAAUUUGAGGGUUGUUAGAGGAAAUAACAGGCGAGGCCAACACAAGCGUCUUUGAUUAGGUAGGAAACAAGAUGAAGGCACGUUGACGAAACCAACAGUAGCCUAUUUUUAUCCUAGUUAUCGUCAAAGGUGUUUGUGUGCAAGUGCAUAUGAAUCAAAAGUAGGAAAAAUGAUCAUACAGACGUACGUUCACUUGGGUCUUACUACUGCAGCGUCCGAUGGUUUAGUCCUCGCACUGGACACCAAAUGAAACAGUGAGACUAUAGUCCGUAGGCCUAUUCUUAAACGUAUCGGUGCCUCUGUCCGCCUGUUGGAAAAGCCUCUCGUAGAAGUUGCUGGGAUUUUCACGGACUGUUUUGUGAGCCUCAUGAGAGGUGGACACGACUUCUACAUCUUCGACAGGAAAAUUACCCUUGAAAUCCCCGUCAGUGUUCUCUGUGACCUUGGGAGUGGUAAUGGGAUCCCGAGACGUUUAACAAAGUGGAGCUGUGGACUAUGGAAACUAUUAACGGACGACUAUGGAUAUGGAUAUGGAUGUAUGGAUAUGGAUAUGGACUAUGGACCAAUUCGUCAACUCCCGCGAGGAACAUUCUUAUAAGUGAAGCAAACUUGCCAAAGGAACUCUUGUGUUCAUACGUUGAAUGUUAUGCCAGCUUUUCCCACAUUUAUUACUGAGAGUGUGGUGUUUGUUACGUUGUUGUCCACCUUUUGCUGUGACUGAAGCAGCUUAAUUAUGAUCACUGGCAAAGCAACAGUGAAACAUAUUGCUGAAGGUUUUGAUAGUUUUGCAUUAUUUUAUUUAUUACACGUUUAAGAUAAUAAUCUGUCAUACGUGUGUGCUUUAAGGGUUAAUAUAACGUCCUCUGAGGGGUGGACUGCCCUGCCACACAAUACUUGUACGAUAGUUACGUCUUAACUGUUUUUUAAGCCAUUAAUUAACACGCAUAACAACAUUAUGUGUGCUAUACAUCACAAUAUUACUGUUUUCUGUUAUCAUUUUACAAUAAAGGUAUGAAUGUA